GUGCUGCUGGAGGAGCCGUGUGCCCAGCAGCGCGAGCUGUUCGACAUGGAGCCGUGGGAGAGACCUCGAGAGGAGUUCAGGCUCCACAAGAAACUGGGAGAGGGGCACUUCGGAGAGGUGUGGGAGGCUCUGUGGACCACGGAGAACAAGAAGGUGGCCAUAAAGACGCUGAAACAAGAGGACACGAAGCAGGACGAGUUUGUGAAGGAGGUCCAGGCGCUGAAGAGCCUCCAUCACCCGAAGCUGAUCCAGCUGUUGGCCAUGUGCUCCAGAGGAGAGCCGGUCUACAUCGUGACCGAACUCAUGAGCAAAGGAAGCCUCAAGUCCUACCUCGCCUCUGCUGAAGGCCAGGUGCUGACAUCAGCUCAUCUGAUCUUCAUGGGCAGUCAGAUUGCAGAGGGCAUGGCGUACCUGGAGGACAGAAACAUCGUCCACAGGGACCUGGCUGCCAGAAACGUCCUGGUGGCAGACGAUCUGGUCUGCAAGGUGGCCGACUUUGGACUGGCUCGGAUUAUAAAGGACAGUGUUUAUACAGCCAGUCGAAACACAAAGAUCCCAGUGAGGUGGACGGCACCCGAAGCGGCAAUUUACCAGAGAUUCUCCGUAAAAUCAGACGUGUGGUCCUUCGGGGUCCUGCUGUAUGAGAUGAUGUCGCGUGGCAAGAUGCCGUAUGACGGAAAAAACAACAAAGAAGUGUUGGCUCUGCUGUCCUCGGGGUUUCGGCUGCCCUGUCCAACCCGCUGUCCUCAGAAUAUUUACCGCAUCAUGAUGGACUGCUGGACCGCUGAGCCCUCCAAGAGACCCUCGUUCCACGCCCUGCACAGCCAGCUGGAUUCAAUAUACGCCCGGAUAUAUUUCAAGACUAUAGAGGUGUAGAAAGAGGGAGAAGGGGGGCAGUGAGAGCGCAUCGUCGACUGCAAAUAUGAAGUAGGAGGGCAAAGGGGGGGGACGAGAAAGAACGAGGACUAUUUUUCUCCCCCAUGCAGCCCUCUUCCACAACAGGGUAUGUACUUUAAAAACACCAAGGUGUGAAAGGACAGAGGGGGGCGAGAGCAUCAGCAGCGGACACACACAAGUGAAAUGCUGAAGAACACUUGAUUUGUUCGGCUAACAGAAAGCAGACGGACUGAAGCUAGCCUGAGACAGGUGUGUGAAUACAGGUGUGUGUGUGAAUACACUCCUACUAAACCAACCGAUCACUGAAACCCUCAGCACAUUCACAGAACCAACUGUUUUUAAUUUUAUACCCUUUUUGUGUUUUAUAAAUGAUAUUUUAUUACUUCUCUAUGUGCCAUGUUUGUGUACGCACACACAGGUCACAGGUCAGGACCGUGUAAGUUAAUCGCCUGUCUUUUGAAUGCAGAGCCGGCGCCAAGAUGGACGUUAUGUGCAAUAAUUGGGAGGUUGCUGGGUUUUUUUUUUUUUUGCCACGCUAGCGGCCCUGUGCUCCAGGUCCUCUUGUCCAACACUAUGAACUCUCACAGGCUUCAGCUGAACUUUAAGAUUCCAGGUAUCUCUGAAUCGUUAAAUGACUUCUUCAUUGCAAAAAUCCAAAUCUAUUGGCUUUAAUGCUAAGAAGACAAAGAUGGACGCACGCUAACUUGUCAGGAGUCAAACAGUCUGACGGGUCCACUGAGGAGAACUCAUUUGAUUUACGUGCUCAGGGAGCAGUUAACAUUUUAUACCCCAUCAGACGUACGGAUCACAGUUUCACGGGGCCUCUAGCGUGGCUGUACACUGUUAGUCUUGUCAUUAAUAAACAAGCAUAAAGUAUUUUAUUCAGCCUUCCUUCUCUUACAGGAAUUUGAGAAGGUUUUGGCAACAUGUUACGCCUGGAAACAAGUUUCUCUUGAACAAAAUAUGGAAAUUGUUUUUAUCCUUUGAACGUUUGGGGGCUACGGAGCCGUGUGUGCAGGCGUUAGUUAUUAAACCUCCUGCAGAGGCUCACAGGUAAUGGCCGGUGACAACUCUUGUGCCUAUGUUUACACCAGACCGUCCACACACUACACUUCACACUGUGGACUGACGAACCUAGACCUGCACGGUGAACCAGCCAUAUCCAGAGGACGAGUUCUGCACCACAAAAUUGUACAACAAUGUUGCAAUGCAGUUUGAGAACAAUGCAACUUUUGUCUUUCAUGCAUGAGUUCAGGAAACUUUAGCCAUAAUCACCAAAUCACAAGAUUGAGUUGUAUGUUUUAGGCUGAGUGCCAUCAGGUACCAAACACCAGUAGUGCAAAGAAUAAAAUAUUUUAAGUAUUAUUUUGAAAUGUGCUUGUGCUUUUUAUCAUCACGUGCACAUGUGUUCUCAUGUGCACGCAAAGAAAUCCACUUAUUUCUCUAAAUCCACGUGCAAAGAAAGCCGGAUGAGACUAGAACUUCAUGUCGUUUUUAAAGAGUUGCAGGUUUUAGACUUGACUUCACUGACUUACAUGUACAGGUCGUUGCAUCAGCAGUACAGAUCAUGUACAAUAUAAUUUAUAAGUUGAUGCUUUGUCUCACUUUUAACAAUCACUACGUAUAUUUUGCUGAAGUGUCCUUGAGCAAAAGGU